AUGGGAGGGAAAGGUGUCCCCCUGGGGGCCCCAACCACCCCCUCGCUGCCGGCUCCUGCAGAUCUCCAGGUCGCCAUUGAAGAGGUGCUGCCAGCCCUGCGGCAGGACGGCAUUCGUGUCUUCUACCUGAGUGACAAAUCGCCAACGCCGGGCGUCGAGGCCCUGGGGCCCAGCAUCGAGGCAGCCUCCGACGACCCGCUGCCGGCCCACCACCGUGCUGACGUCACGCCUAACUCCAAGGCCAUCUACAUCUUCACCUCCGGCACCACAGGGUUGCCCAAAGCAGCGGUGAUAACGGAGAAGAAGCUGAUGCUGAUAGCCAACCUGCCCCGGCUGUGCGGCCUCCGGGCUGAGGACGUCAUGUACACGGUGCUGCCGCUGUACCACUCGGCCGCGCUGCUCAUCGGGCUGGGAGGGUGCUUGGAGGUCGGAGCCACCUGCGUCCUGCGGGUCAAGUUCUCCGCCUCCCAGUUCUGGGAUGACUGCCGCCGCUACAACGUCACCGUCAUCCAGUAUGUGGGCGAGCUCAUGCGCUACCUCUGCAACACGCCCAAGCGCCCUGGCGAGCGGGACCACAGCGUGCGCAUGGCGGUGGGCAACGGCAUGCGGGCGGACGUGUGGAAGGAGUUCCUCCAGCGCUUCGGGCCCAUCACCAUCCGGGAGUUUUACGGGGCCACCGAGGGCAACGCCGGCUUCAUCAACUACACGGGGAAGAUCGGCGCCGUGGGAAGGGCCAACACGUUCCUCAAGAUACUUGCUUCCUUUGAGCUGAUCAGGUAUGAUGUGGAGCGGGACGAACCCAUACGCGACGAGCGAGGUUUCUGCAUCCGGGUCCGCCCUGGCGAGGCCGGGCUGUUGGUCAUCAAAAUCACCAAGACGACCCCUUUCCAUGGCUAUGCUGGAGAUCCUGAGAAGACGGAGAAGAAGAUCUUGAGGAACGUCUUGGUGAAAGACGAUGCUUUCUUCAACAGCGGUGACCUCCUCAUGAUGGACCACGAAAAAUUCCUCUACUUCCAGGACCGGGUGGGAGACACUUUCCGCUGGAAAGGCGAGAAUGUGGCAACCACGGAGGUAGAGGCGGCACUAGCCAUUGUGAACUUCAUCCAGGAGGUCAACGUCUACGGGGUGUCUGUGCCAGGGUGCGAGGGGAAGUGCGGCAUGGCGGCCAUCCGCCUCAAGCCCGGGAUGAGCUUUGAGGGCGAGAGCCUCUACGUGCACGCCAAGGAGUGUCUGCCGAGCUACGCCACCCCCCGCUUCGUGCGGCUCCGGGAUGUCCUGGAGAUCACGGGGACCUUCAAGCAGCGCAAAGGCAACCUCGUCAAAGAAGGGUUUGACCCCAACGUCAUCAAGGACCCGCUCUUCUUCUUGGACGAGACAAAGAAAUCCUACGUGCCCUUGAGUCACAACAUCUACAAGGACAUCCUGGAGACAAGGCUCAAACUGUAGAGAAAGUUACUGUGCCGCAGAAGGUUCUCCACGAGGGCCCCCACGCCGGGCCCUGGGGCAGUAAUUGCCUCCAGGCCAUCGGUGGGACAAUCUAGUGCUAAUCAGGAGGGUUUUUUUGCUAACGAGGUGCUGUCCUCAGGGAAUUUAGGAAGGAGCCGGGGCGUGAUGAGGGCGGUGAGCUGGCUCUCGCCUUUUCCAUGUUGGUUGCGGAAAUUAAAGGGCUUAAUUCCAGUUAA